UUGAUGGGGAAAAAACCAACACAUAUAUAAUGUAUCGGGCCGCCUAGGCGCCAAAAUUCUAUCCAAGCCCUCUCUAUUUUUCUCUCUCAAAAUCGGGUGCUUAAUUUGAAGGGGAAAAAACCAGCAUAUAUAUAAUGUAUCGGGACGCCUAGGCGCCAUUCUCUUCCUCUUCAACUCCUAAGUUUCUCACAAUUUCCAUUGGUUAAAUCUGAGGAAUUUGUUCGGGUUACUCCUUCUGGCUAUGCACAAAUGACAGAAAUGUGCAGUGUUCUUUCAGGCGGGAAGUUAUUGGUCAUCCUUGAGGGCGGAUACAAUCUUCGUUCGAUAUCAUCCUCAGCCACUGCAGUAAUUAAGGUUUUACUUGGUGAAUCUCCCAAAUGUAAUUUGGACUACGCAGUACCUACCAAUGCUGGAUUACGAACUGUUUUAGAGGUCCUAAAAAUUCAGACAAAAUAUUGGCCUGCUCUGGAAACUAACUUUUCUAAGUUACAAUCAGAAUGGGGAUCAUAUGCCUUCCAUCAUUCAAGCAUAAUCUCUUCAAAGCUCUUUCAUCUGCCUCUUAUCUUUCUCAUUUGUUUAUUUCCUCUUAUAGUUUGUGGUCUAGCUUUAUGCCUCCAACUCCCCUUUUCCCCUCGCUUGUUCCUAUUGACAUUAACAAUUCAAACAUAAAAAUAAAAAUAAAAAUCCAGCACUAGUUCUUCUUUGCUUUGUUUAUGGCUGAGGAUGAAAUUUUUGCUGCUCUGUUUUAUCUUUUGCCUCACUGAAGGUGGUGAUAUUUUCUUCAACAUCUAAACCAUAGCAGAAUUAUAAUUUCACUUUACUGCAAUUAGUAUUUGUUGUUUAGGCUAUUAGGAGGACACUACUUUAGCAGGUUCAUAUUUUCUCGACUGACUGGCAAUGCAAUCCUUCCUGAAAUUUUGACUAUUUCCUUUCUUUUUCGUCGGAGAAUGGCCUUCAUAAAAACAGAAAAGAAAAAGAACACGAGCAGCAGUGCCACCAUGGUGGAAACUGGAACGGAGGAGGUUAUUGUACUGGGUCUUGUGCAAGCAGCAUCGUUUACAAUUGAAAUGGUGCUAACUAUUUUUUGCAGAUAUUAGUGUAUCAUUUUCUCUUGUAACUUCAACAUGUGCCCCUAGCUGAGCUUUCAGGGAACCCUUUCUGUUCCAAGAGUGACUUUGUAAUAUUAGUGACGUUGCUACAAACAGAUACACCCUUCCGAAGAAAAGGGGGAGAGAGAACAUUAUUGUAUUUUUUAAAUCCAAAAUUGGUUCUCUCAGUGGUUGGCU